CAUCAGAAUUUUCGGGACUAGAUUGUGACUGUUGGCAAUCAGAAGACUGAGGAAGAACAGCCCUUUGGUCCUCUGGUACCCAUGUGGCAUCCAAGGGUCUCUGGGGAGGCAGGGAUCUGAAGCUGAGAGCAAGAGGUCCAGUGUGCAGCUGCUGGAUGGAAGGAAGCCUUGGGACCUUUUCACAGAGUUGGUCUUGGGCUUUCCUGAGCUAUUGUAUGUUCCCUCACCUCUCCCUGUCUGUGGCCCUGCUGCUAGGGUGUCUCCAAGCCCAGCAAACACAUUCCUCCCAGGCAAAAGCGAAAGAUGACAUACACCAGGAGCCAGAUUGUCCACGACAGACUUGUAAGCAACAAGAUAAUCUCAUUGUUCCUCCUGCUACUUAAAAUAAAGAAACUGAGGCUCCUGGAGGAGCUUGAAGACACUUGGCUUCCUUACCUGACCCCCAAAGACGACGAGUUCUAUCAGCAGUGGCAGCUGAAAUACCCUAAACUGGUUUUCCGAGAGGCUGGCAGCAUACCUGAGGAGCUACAUAAAGAGGUCCCAGAGGCCUUUCUCACACUGCAUAAGCAUGGCUGCUUGUUUCGGGACCUGGUGAGGAUCCAAGGCAAAGAUGUGCUCACCCCGGUGUCCCGCAUCCUCAUUGGGGACCCAGGCUGCACCUACAAGUACUUGAACACCAGACUCUUCACGGUGCCCUGGCCAGUGAAGGGCUGCACCAUUAACUACACAGAGGCCGAGAUCGCCGCUGCAUGUCAGACCUUCCUCAAGCUCAAUGACUACCUACAGGUUGAGACCAUCCAGGCCUUGGAAGAACUGGCUGUCAGAGAGAAGGCCAAUGAAGAUGCUGUGCCCUUGUGCAUGGCAGAGUUCCCCAGGGCUGGCGUGGGGCCAUCCUGCGAUGAUGAAGUGGACAUUAAGAGCAGAGCAGCCUACAACGUGACUUUGCUAAACUUCAUGGAUCCCCAGAAAAUGCCUUACUUGAAAGAGGAGCCAUAUUUCGGCAUGGGGAAGAUGGCGGUGAGCUGGCAUCACGAUGAGAACUUGGUGGACAGGUCAGCCGUGGCGGUGUACAGCUAUAGCUGCGAAGGCUCCGAGGAUGAAAGCGAGGAUGAGUCCAGCUUCGAAGGCAGAGAUCCUGAUACGUGGCAUGUUGGUUUUAAGAUCUCAUGGGACAUUGAGACACCGGGCUUGACAAUUCCUCUUCACCAGGGAGACUGCUAUUUCAUGCUGGAUGACCUCAAUGCCACCCACCAGCACUGUGUUUUGGCUGGCUCACAGCCUCGGUUUAGUUCCACUCACCGCGUGGCAGAGUGCUCAACAGGCACCUUGGAUUAUAUCUUACAACGCUGCCAGUUGGCCCUGCAGAAUAUCCUCAAUGACUCGGACGAUGGUAACGUCUCGUUGAAGUCCUUCGAACCUGCAGUUUUAAAACAAGGGGAAGAAAUCCAUAAUGAGGUGGAGUUUGAGUGGCUGAGGCAGUUCUGGUUUCAAGGAAAUCGAUACAGACUUUGCACUGAUUGGUGGUGUGAGCCCAUGACUCAGCUAGAGGGGAUGUGGAAGAAGAUGGAGAGCAUGACAAAUGCGGUGCUUCGUGAAGUUAAAAGAGAGGGGCUACCGGUGGAACAAAGGAGCGAAAUUCUGUCUGCCAUCCUGGUCCCACUCACCGUGCGCCAGAAUCUGAGGAAAGAAUGGCAUGCCAGGUGCCAGUCCCGAGUAGUCCGGACUUUACCAGCGCAGCAGAAACCAGACUGCCGGCCAUAUUGGGAGAAGGAUGACCCCUCCAUGCCUCUGCCCUUCGACCUCACAGACGUGGUUUCCGAGCUCAGAGGCCAGUUUCUGGAAGCAAGAUCCUAGAGGAAGCACAUGUCUUAGGAGGAGAAGGAAAAGAUAUCCUUGACUUUCCUCCCCAAACCUUGAACAAGGGUAGUGUAGGCUCCUCUCAGCCCAGAGGUUAUAGGACCUGGGUUCCAAUUCAAAACAGCUAGAGAACAAUGCCCACAGAUACUGAAGUUUUGAAAAGUUACUGAUUUGGUGUUAAAUUAGAGCACCCCUCCCUCCCCCCAAAUAUUCUUCACUCAAUUUUUUUUUCCCUUGGGAGCCCCUUUGUACCCAAGAUAGCAACAGGGAUGAGCCAGGCCUGUGACAAGCCUCACCUGCUUUCUUCUUUGGCUAGCCACCUCAGAGACCAGAAGUAGACCUAGCCAGCUCAGAGACCAGAAGUAGACCUAGCAAUGGGAGAACAGAAUUAGAGACAUCCAUCCCAGCUUCUCACCGUAGCUUCUAGUGGUUAGACCACCCAAGAAGGCAGCCAGUGGCUCGCUAUGGCUGCACAGACAUAAAUUCAGCUCCGGUGUAGUUAAACUCCAUUCUUCAGUUGCCUUGGCACAUGCUGCUGACUGCUGAAUUUAGAGAGCACAAACGGAUGUUUUCAUAUUUCACACUUAUGAGCUGGCAUUCAUUCUUCCAGUUUUGUGUAGUGACUAAAAACAUGGAGGAAAGCAAUAAAAACCAAUCACUACAGUCAUCUCUUCCCUUCCUCCCACAAGAGGGAAGGGGCCGUGAGCCCUGUGCACCGCACACAGGAAGAGGAAGGAGCUCCGAAGAAACAGCCACACCCUGUCUUUAUGGGGCUUUCCCGAUCUAAUGACAGAGGCCAGCCCUGGGAACACUUAUUCUGUGGACUUAGUGUUUCUCCUAGAAUCCCCCACUCAUAAGUACUGAUGACAGGUGGCAUGGGGGCUUGAAGGACCCAAUUCCCAACCCAGUGAUGCCAGAGCAUCAGAGAGACCAUGGGGAGAUGUUAAGCCUGCACUCUGAUCUCAAAGUGCCAGGAUUAAGACCCACCCCACCACUCACUCUGUGACCUUUGCAUGUCCUUGGGUCUCAGUUUGCUUAUCUGUAUAGUGGGAGGUGCCAAAAAUACCAACUCCUAACACGAAGCUGACAUGAUCUGACCAGGCUGCAGACCUAGAGGAAUUUCUAGCAUGCUGACAAAUACCCAAUUCGUUCCAGUGUUGUUAUGUGAGCUGACCUGGAGGAAGCCAUCUUCCUCCCCCCAGUCUACAGUCCUUUGCCAUCUGUGUCUUGUGGCCCACAUCUUUCUCUGGUGACCUGAGGCCUUUUGGUGACUGAAAUGUUGACAACAGUUAGCCCCUGAGUCUCUCGUAGUAUCCGAGGCCUUCUGCAUUUGGAAGGACACAACACAGUAGUGUCUUUUGCUGCAGCCGGGAUUCCACUUAAGGAGCCUUCCUGCCUAGAGUUACCACAGAAGCUACAAUCCACAAACACCUAGGAUCUCCUGGUACAGGGACCCAAGGCGCUCAGACCUCCAUUCGCUCUCUUUUGUCUCUGAGCCAGGACUCCCUCAUCAGUAGAGAGGUGAGGUGCACUCUCACAGGGUAAAAUGGAGGGUAUAGGUGACUUCAUAUGGCACAGGUUGGCCCAUCACCUCCAGCCCCAGCCAUCUGGCUCUGUGGUUUAUUAGGCCCCGUGAUAUUUCUUUGUUCUUUUUCAUUGGGUGCCAAAAUUAAAAAUUGGGAGAUUCCACAUAAAAUAAAAAGUGUCUGCAUUCUCUUUAGAAGCCAGCAUACCCGUGAGCUCCCGGGUCUCCAUAAUCGCAUGGCAGUGGCUUGGCAGUGUCUGUGACGUCUGUGCUCUGCUGUGACCCUGCUGCUCCCUGUCACCAUCUUGUAAACCUGCUCCCCAGCAGUGCUUCCUAACCCUGCUUGCUCACAUCCUGUAGUAGAAAGCAGUAGCGUCGAGUGCCCAGUCCGUGUUCCUCCUGUUGAACUGUGUUCAUGGUCUGCUUGUACUGCUGUGCUGUGUGCAUCCCUUCAUACACAAUAAUGAAUUAAAAGAUGAGAAGCCAAA